CGGGGCGGACACCUGGCUGGGUGGGGCCAAGGGGCGGUACACACCCUGGGGGAAGCCAAUGAGAAAAUCAGGCCCGGCCCGAGGGGGCGGUGCCGUCGGUCACAUGCGCACCUGGGGCGGGCGGUGGCGGAGGCGCGGGCACCGCGAGCCGGCGGCAGGGAGCUGGGCCGGGCUGGGGCGGGGUUAGGCAGGUGAGUGACAGGCUCCGGGGGGCCGGCCCCAGCUGGGAGCCCCGGGCGAUCAGGGAGUAGCUGCGAAGGUGCCCGCCCCCUCUCUCCGCCCCUCCCGCGGAGCUGGUCUCCGGCCGGGCACCGUCGCGGGCCCCCCUGGCCCGGCCACCUGGGACUGUGCUGGGGAAUCGGCCACCUCCCUCACUCCCCUCGCCCGCAAAGUUUGUGGCGAAGCCGGCGCCCGGGCAGAGCGCGCCCCCGGGGGGAGAUCGAGGAGCGCCCGAUGCGGGGAGGCAGGAGCCGUUGACCCGGGACGUCGCCGUCCGGGGCAGAAGCACGGAGCAGCCGACAAGCCCGCCGCCUCCGGUGCAUGGGGCCCGGCUGAAGAGCCAGCAUGGGCAACUGCGUGGGGAGACAGCGCCGGGAGAGGCCGGCCGCCCCGGGACACCCCCGCAAGCGAGCAGGGCGCAAUGAGCCCCUGAAGAAGGAGCGGCUGAAGUGGAAGAGUGACUACCCCAUGACUGACGGGCAGCUGCGGAGCAAACGGGAUGAGUUCUGGGACACGGCACCUGCCUUUGAGGGCCGCAAGGAGAUCUGGGACGCCCUCAAGGCCGCCGCCUAUGCAGCCGAGGCCAACGACCAUGAGCUGGCUCAGGCCAUCCUGGAUGGAGCCAGCAUCACCCUGCCUCAUGGCACCCUCUGUGAAUGCUAUGAUGAGCUGGGCAAUCGCUACCAGCUGCCCAUCUACUGCCUGUCGCCGCCCGUGAACCUCCUGCUGGAGCACACGGAGGAGGAGAGCCUGGAGCCGCCUGAGCCCACGCCCGGGGUGCGCCGCGAGUUCCCCCUGAAGGUGCGCCUCUCCACGGGCAAGGACGUGAGGCUCAGCGCCAGCCUGCCCGACACGGUGGGGCAGCUGAAGAGGCAGCUGCACACCCAGGAGGGCAUCGAGCCGUCCUGGCAGCGGUGGUUCUUCUCCGGGAAGCUGCUCACAGACCGCACGCGACUCCAGGAAACCAAGAUCCAGAAAGAUUUUGUCAUCCAGGUCAUCAUCAACCAGCCCCCGCCGCCCCAGGACUGAGGAGCCCGCGGACCCCUGGGAAGAGAAGCCGUGGAGGCUUCUUCGGGGUGAAGAGGCCCCCCCCGCCGGCUGAGCACUGGGUGCCCCCACCCUGCCUCCACGUGCUGUCGCUUUCUUCAGGGGCGCCUCCGGCCGCGUGGCUGCUGGGCCAGCCGUGAAGGGGCCCUGCCUCCCAGGCGCCCCGGCCCCUGGGGCCCCCGGUGCCCUGCACCCAGGAAGCAGUGCUGCCACACACAGGCUUUGCCAGCCUUGUUGGAGAAAAGGCGAACGGGGGCCUUCCACCCUGCCUCUCUCCCGCAGCAGGUUCGAGCCACGAGCGCCAGCCCGGAGGCCCCUGGAGCCCAGAUCUGUCCUCUGGUGCUGCCGGCUGUGCUCACUCCGGUUUUCUGCUCAGGGUCUGAAGCAGCUGCUGUCCCCUUCCCCUGCCCCCACUCCCUGACUUUGCCCUGGGCCCAGUGCCGGUCCCCUGGAGGGGAGGGGAUGGCCCGUGAGCCCCAGGGGCAUGGAGCCUGAGGCCGGCCUCUGCCUCUCCCUGCCCCUCAGCACAAUUGGCAGAGGUGGAGCGGGCAGGUGGCUGGAGGGCUGUGCUGUUGAGGCAGGGGUCUGCACGGGGCCAUCUCCUGGCUGUAACCCAAGCGGUGGGGGGGGGGGGUCUGCAGCCUGGCCAUGGCCCACCACAGGUCCCUGUGUACAGACAUAUCUGCAUAUUUAUCAAUAAAGCCUUUUGCUCCUUCCUUCUCUCUCGCCUAGCUUUGCCUGUGGGCUCCCCAGCCCCGCUGUGGAACCAGUUCUGGCGUGGCAGCGGACAGUAGGGAGCUUCGAA